AGAUGUUGUCCUAGUUGGUUCAGGAGAGAAAACUGAAAUGAGCAUUAUUUCAGACAGUUCUCAAGGAGAUUCUCCAUCAAAAUUAAAUCCGCUUGCUCACAAACGAAAAAUGGGUUCAACUCGCAGACCACUCAGAGGAAACAAAGAAAAAAGAAAUAAUGCAGAUGAAAAAGAGGCUGGAGCUAGUGAAGGAGUGGCAGAAGUGGACACAGACCUACAUUCAGAAACUCAAGAGCAGAAUAAUGUGAUAGAUGACAACAUAAUACAAACUAUAAAUGUAAGCGAUAAUGAAGAACAUGAGAGGACAGAGACAGUGAGAAAGUCAACACAGGAACUGUGUGAUGAUGCAGUUGAUAAAGCGGAGGUUACAUCAGAACAACAGCUAAGAUCUUCAUCAAAUGUAUGUCAGACACAAGAAGGUUCACCACAAUAUGAAUCUGAGAACAUUCUGAAAAGUGAGAUGGAUGUUCGAGAAGAGAAAGAAACUGAAAAUAAUGAUGAGGAAAUAUUUGCUUUUGAAGACAUUAGCUCAGAAGUUACUGUCACACCUCAGGCACAAAACAAACUCUUCAUCCAAACUACUGAUGCAGACAGUCAUGACUAUAUCCAAACAGUUAAAGAUGUGCAUGAGGAAAGUCAAGGGGAAGAGAUGUUUCUCAGUGCAAACGCCAACCUUACCAUUCAGGACAAUGACAGUCAAUCAGAUUUUCAAACAGAAAAUUCUAAGCAAAAUUAUGUAUUAACAGACGAUCAAAAUACAAAUACAACUCCACAUAUAAAUGUAGAAGAACGUCAAGAAACCGAACCGAAUGUUUUAGCUGUGACUGAUUCUGGUCUCUCAUUUGGAGAUUCAGGAGAGUCACAAAAAGAACUUGAAAACAUCAAUGACGUCCCAGAAGAUUCUCAGGAAGAGGAGAAACAAUCCAAAAUAAAGCCACUUGUUCACCAGCGAAAAAUGGGCUCAACCCGUCGACCUCUGAAAGGAAACAAAGGGCAACGAAAAGACAGAGAACAAGAUGAUGACAGUGAAACACUUAACAAUGAGGAGAAAGAAGAGGAGAGAGAGAUAAGUGGGGGAAAAGAUACAGGUCCUGUUGAAGAGUUGGACUCAACCAUCAUACAGUCGUCAUGUAAUGCUGAGAAAUCCACUGAAAAGAGUAUCUGUGAUAUCACAGAAUCACAAACUACCACAAAAUGUCAUGGAGAGUCUCAGGAAAAUGCUGGAGAUAUUGAAAGUUUACCAACAGGGGGAGACACAGAAGCACAUUUGGAAAUUCGAACAGACAUUGGCAUGCUUGACUCAACAAUGAAUAAAGAAGGAACAGAAGAAAACAUCUGUGAUGAUGAUGUUCUCAUGAGACAAGUCGUGUUUGUUGGAGAUACAGUUACAGAAGAGAGUAAUAUGACUAUUGAGUCAGAUCUUCUUCAAAAUAACACAUCACUUGAUACUCACCAGGAAGCAUUAAAAUCAUCUGAAAAUGUUGAAAAUGUUUCUACUGUGGCUGAUUCUGGUCUUCUUCUGCAAGAUGUUGUCCUAGUUGGUUCAGGAGAGAAAACUGAAAUGAGCAUUAUUUCAGACAGUUCUCAAGGAGAUUCUCCAUCAAAAUUAAACCCACUUGCUCACAAACGAAAAAUGGGUUCAACUCGCAGACCACUCAGAGGAAACAAAGAAAAAAGAAAUAAUGCAGAAGAAAAAGAGGCUGGAGGUAGUGAAGGAGUGGCAGAAGUGGACACAGACCUGCAUUCAGAAACUCAAGAGCAGAAUAAUGUGAUAGAUGACAACAUAAUAAAAACUAUAAAUGUAAGCGAUAAUGAAGAACAUGAGAGGACAGAGACAGUGAGAAAGUCAACACAGGAACUGUGUGAUGAUGCAGUUGAUAAAGCGGAGGUUACAUCAGAACAACAGCUAAGAUCUUCAUCAAAUGCAUGUCAGACACAAGAUGGUUCACCACAAUAUGAAUCUGAGAACAUGAUGAAAAGUGAGAUGGAUGUUCGAGAAGAGAAAGAAAAUGAAAAUAAUGAUGAGGAAAUAUUUGCUUUUGAAGACAUUAGCUCAGAAGUUACUGUCACACCUCAGGCACAAAACAAACUCUUCAUCCAAACUACUGAUGCAGACAGUCAUGACUAUAUCCAAACAGUUAAAGAUGUGCAUGAGGAAAGUCAAGGGGAAGAGAUGUUUCUCAGUGCAAACGCCAACCUUACCAUUCAGGACAAUGACAGUCAAUCAGAUUUUCAAACAGAAAAUUCUAAGCAAAAUUAUGUAUUAACAGACGAUCAAAAUACAAAUACAACUCCACAUAUAAAUGUAGAAGAACGUCAAGAAACCGAACCGAAUGUUUUAGCUGUGACUGAUUCUGGUCUCUCAUUUGGAGGUUCAGGAGAGUCACAAAAAGAACUUGAAAACAUCACUGACAUCCCGGAAGAUUCUCAAAAAGUACAAUCAAAAUUAAAUCCACUUGUUCAUAAGCGAAAAAUGGGCUCCACACGUAGACCUACUGGAGAAAACAAAGGGCAAAGAAAAGACAGAGAAUGGCAUGCAGAGUUUCAGAAAAAUUAUGGAGACUCAGAAGCACAUUUAGAAUUUCAAACAGAGAUUAAAACGUUUGACUCAACUGUUGAUGAAGGAAUAAAAGAUCAUAUCUGUGAUGAUGAUGUUCUCAUGACACAGGCUGAGUUUGUUGGAGAUAAAUUAACAGUAGAGAGUAAUAUGACUAUUGAGUCAGAUUUUCUUCAAAAUAACACAUCACUUGAUACAAACCAGGAAGCAUUAAAAUCAUCUGAAAAUGUGGAAAACAUUUCAACUUUGAUUCAUUCUGGUCUUGUCUUGCAAGAUGUUGCCACUGAAAGUUCACUAGAGUCAAACACAGUUCCUGAGAAAUCGGAAAGCAGCAUCAUUCCAGAGGAUUCUCAUGUAGAAGAUUCCCACUCAAAAUUGAAUCCAGUUGUUCACAAACGAAAAAUGGGCUCAACCCGAAGACCACUCAGAGGAAACAAAGAUAAAGAAGAUUUAAGAGAGGUGAAGGAGGAAGACAUGGAACCACACUCAGAAAUUCAAGAGCAGAAUGAUGUUGUAGAUCACGACACAAUGCAAAAAAGAAUGGAUGUAAGACAUAAUAAAGAAGAAAACUCUAUAUUGAGAUUACCGGUACAGGAACUAUGUGAGCACCUGUCUGAAAAUAAGGAAUGGCAUAGUGAUAUUACAUUAGAACAAGAGCAAACUUCAUCAAAUAUAUCUCAAACACAAACUGCACCAUCACAAGAUGAUGCUUGCGAAAGUUUACCAGAGAUCCAAGAAUCAAAUACUUUUGUUUUGUCUGAGGCAUUGUCAAUGGAAGAAAACCAAAUUCACGUGUCUGAGCCUGUUGUCACGGUUGGAACUCCUCAAAUAGAGGAUGGGAAAAUCCAGUCAGUGUUCAGCAAAUCUGUGCAAAAGAGGAAGAUGGGGUCAACCCGCAAAACACAGAGAGGGCAGAGGAAUGAGAAAGAGAGAGAAUUGGGAGAAGAACUAGAUGGUGAAACUAAAAUUGCUACAACCAAGGAAGAUACCAUUAAACCACAGGAGAACUUUAUUCUUGAAGAGGUGAUGUCAUUAACUAUAACAGAAACUCAUGCGCAUCAGCAACCAUCUAGUUUACCUACGAAUAAAGAAGGCCAUCUAAUUGAGAAUAAUGGAAGUAAAAUGAACAAUCAGACAGAAAGCCCAGAACAAAAUGAAAUGCAAAUGCAAAAUGAUCCAAAUUCUAAUACAAACCCUCAUCAAAAUCAAGAUAAAAGUGAAAUCCUAAUUUCUGAAAAGUCUCACACUGAAAACAUACAUUCAAAUAUGAAUCCAACUGCCCAGAAGCGAAAAAUGGGAUCAACCCGUAAGACACUGAGAGGGAAUGGGCGGAGAGCACGAGAGGUAGAAUCAAAAGAAAUAGAUGGAGAUAGUGAAAGAACACUAGAAGAGCACUCAACGGAAUUUGCAACCAUUGAAAGAGCACAUGAGACGAAAUUGGAUGAAAAUACACAGUUGAAAGAGACUAGAAGCACUGAAAGUCUCACCCAUCCAGUAGCCACUUCAAAAAUAUUUUUUGAAACAGAGGAUGGAGAGAAAAAAGUUUCAACGAAUAUUGUCGGUCUGUCUGUGGUGAGUGAGGAGAUCCGCUCCAAUGAAGCGCCUUCAGAAGCAUUUUGUACUGAUCUACAAUCAGAAAUGUUAGUCAGUGCAGAUGAGAUGAAAGUAUGUGAAAAAUAUGAUGGACCAUCAGGACUUGAAAAUCUUGACAAAUCCAAAAGUCUAGAGGAAGUUGAAAGUGAACCUCAGUUGCAGUUAACAGUGUUGGAUCAAUCACAUCAGAUGCAUUCAGGAAAACAUCCACGAUCAGAAAACGUUACCCCUGAAAGGAGAAGAAAGAUAGGCUCGACUCGCAAAAACUUAAGAGGGAAACGAGGAGAUAAGAAGAGAGAAGAAUCUGAAAGCAAUCAGUUUGCGCCAGAAAAAGACCAGGACGGUGAAACUAGCAUGAUACGAGAGGCAGAACCUGAUCAAAUAAUUCACAAUAGUUUUGAGGAGUCAGACACGUCACUUCUCGGAGAGAUAGAGAGAGCGUUGCGAAAGACUUCUCCAAGUUUACAAAACACUGACUAUCAAUUAAUUGUCAAUGAACCAAACUUAGCAGAAACUCCUGAAACAUCUCAUUUCAAUACCCCAGAAAACUCAGAACCAGAACAAGGCUCAGACAAAGAGAAACAUGGAUCUCUCCAAGUGACAGAAUCACAAAAUCAAUCUGAAAUCGGCUCACCGAGACGGCGAAGAAAAAUGGGUUCGACUCGCAAGAAUCCCAGACAGCAAAUUCAAGCAAAAAGAGAAGAUGAAAAUGAGGAGGAUGAGACAGAAGAGAAAAACAAACAAGAAUCAAAAAGUCUCAAGAAGGACCUUGAAGCAGCUGAGGAAUCUAAAGUGCAUGAUUCCAGAGAUAAUGUAGAAAAUAAAGAGUAUCUUGAUGUACCCGUCGCACUUACAAAUAGCUGUCAGACAGAGGAAAGCACUAACUCUGUUGGCAAAGAAGGGACUUCACCAUCAACUAAAAGAAAAUUCGGGUCCAGGCGAACAAAUGUAGGCAAUAGAGACCUUGGUGGGAUGAUCCCACCUGAUCUUACGGAAGACACUGGCGCCCGGCUGGUUUCUUUGGACCAGAUGAUAAAGGCAUCACAACAUGAUGGACAGACAGCCGGUUUAAAAAACAUUUCAGAUAUGGAAGUCGUUCAGUUUAAUGUGGUGAUGGUGGGAAACAGCUCUGUGGGAAAAACGUCUUUCGUAAGACGCUUUCAUGGAGGAGAGUUCAGCUCGGAUUACUCUUCUACGAUUGGUGUUGACACCUGUGUACAGAACAUUGUGUUUCAUGACAGAGUUGUUAAACUGCAGAUAUGGGACACAGCAGGUCAAGAGAGGUUUCACAGCAUCACCACACAAGUGUUUCACAGGGCAGAUGGCCUUUUUCUCAUGUAUGAAGUCACAUCAUGGAUGAGUUUUAUUUCUGUGCGAGACUGGAUUUCUCAAAUUCAGGAAAAGGCUCCUGAUGAUGUCAUCGUGAUGUUGUUAGGCAACAAGAACGAUUGUGCUGGGCGUGAAGUCCAGGUUAAGGAAGGGGAGGAUCUCGCUAGAGAGUAUAAAAUUAAUUUCAUGGAGUGCAGUGCUGCAACUGGAGCUAAUGUGUCAGAAUGCAUGAAGAGUUUAGCUGAGAUGUUAAUGCAGCGGAAGAGAAAAAAGAUGGAGGAACGCACACCUUUGAAGAGCGUGCAACCACAGAAGAAAUCUGGUUGCUGUUGAGAUAAACUCAUAUACAAACACUUAAAAAAAAUACAAGCACACACAUAAACUGC